GCAAGCCAGCCAACUGUACGCACACCUAAACCUAGCCGCCACCUAUCCUCCGACCUAAUCGAUGCAUCGCCGCUGUUGCAUCGAUCCAAAUCCCCUCGCCCGAAGCCAUUCUUUCCCAUGCUUCUGCCCACCACGACGGCCGCCACCAAUUCCACCGCCGCUCGUGGUCUACGGCUCCACUUCUUUGCCUCCAACACCAAUCGAAGAUUUUUUGUUAUCGUAGGCAAUGUGCAGUACUGCUUUGUUCCUUUUACCGUUGCUUUGUGAUUUCAUCGCCUUGCAACAAACGUGCUCAAAUUGACGUUACUCGGCCCACUCAAAAGAAAAAAAAAGUUGAAGCCACUCUGCGGGUCGUUGCUUGCGCCCCCUGUUCUUCAGAUGGCCGUAAUGGGCGACGCUGUCAAGGAGUACGCCGCUGGAUCCGCUGCCGGCGUCGCUCAGGUCAUAGUCGGCCACCCGUUCGACACCGUCAAGGUCAAAAUGCAAGCUCACAAUACCAGAGCUCACGGAAAGGUGUACAAGAAUGCAUUCCACUGCACCAGUAGGAUACUGCUUGAUGAAGGAAUAAGAGGGUUGUACAAAGGUGCUUCAUCUUCAUUUAUUGGUAUAGCAGUUGAAAGCUCCCUUUUCUUUGGCACAUAUUGCCAAGCCAAACAAUUAUUACAGGGAAAAUCUGAGAAUGGUAGACCGCAGCUACAGGUAAUUAUUCCUUCUGCUGCAUGUAGUGGAGCCCUGAUUAGCUGCAUCCUCACUCCGACUGAGCUGACUAAGUGCAGAAUGCAAGUUCAAGGGAAGGAUGCAAUGCAUGCUGCUAGAUACUUGAGCCCUCUAGAUUGUGCUGUGAAAACAUUGGGAAGUGAAGGGCUUAGGGGUAUAUUUCGUGGUGGUUUGGCAACGUUGUUCAGAGAGGCGAUUGGUAACUCUGUCUUCUUCUGCACUUACGAGUACAGUCGAUAUCGGAUGCACAGCUAUUUGGAUUCUCCGCGGUUUGCUGGUAGUAAUCAUUUCAUUCUGGCAAAAGAUAUUGGGAUAGGGAUCAUGAGUGGUGGCAUUAGUGGAAUGGCGUUCUGGACAGCUACCCUACCGCUGGAUGUUGCAAAAACUAUUAUUCAGACUGAUCCUGACCCUCAUUUGAGCCGAAACCCCUUUCAAAUUUUAAGCAUGAUAUAUAAGAGAGCUGGUAUGGGUGGCUGUUAUGCUGGUCUUGGACCAACGCUAGCAAGAGCAUUCCCUGCCAAUGCAGCCGCAAUUGUUGCUUGGGAGUACAGUGCUAAGAUUCUUGGUAUAAAUCGGGGCUAGUAUUUAGUUUUUUUUUACCUCCAGGUACUUCUACUUCUCCCAGAAUUGGACUGGGACAUACAGCGAAUGAAACACUUCCUUUUCAUGAAGCAGAUUUUUCUUCCCCAUGAUGAAAACGAGGCUAUUUUCAUGCAGAAGGCUUACCAAGAAUUCAAUGUGUUUGUAAACUCGGCAGCAUCUCUAUUGGGUCUUUCUGCUUAAUUGAGAUUGCAUCAAAUAACGGGAAAUGGUGGUCCAUGUAAUAAAUGGAGCAAGGCUAAUUAUCUCGAUC